CUGGGCCCCCUCCUUGCGGCUCCGCCCCGCCCCGGCCCUGUUCGCGCGCCGUGCUGAUCUUCGCCGAGACCGGGAGAAGGCCGGCUGGCUAUGCCUCCCGCCCGCCCGCAGCCUCUGGGGAGCAGCCGGGGGCCGGGGGCGCCGCGCCGUGAGGCCAGGGCCUAGCGUCCGUCUCGCCCCGCGCCCACUGCGGCCGCCAUGGCCUGCGCCGCCCGGGCGCGCUCGGGAGACCGGGCGCUGCGCGGGCUGCUGCUGCUCUGCCUCUGGCUGCCGAACGGCCGCGCGUCCGGGCCGCCGCUGUCCGAGCUGCACGCGCAGCUGUCGGGCGUGCAGCAGCUGCUGGAGGACUUCCGUCGGCAGCUGCAGCGGGAGCCGCCGGCCGAGGAGCUGGAGCUCGAGCUGCGAGCGGGCGGAGGCCCGCGGGAGGGCUGCCCGGGCGCGGGCGGCGACGGCUACAGAGCGCUCCCGGACGCCAUCAUCCGCACCAAGGACUCCCUGGCGGCGGGCGCCAGCUUCCUGCGGGCGCCGGCGGCCGUGUGGGACUGGCGGCAGUGCGUGGCGGCCUGCUGCGCCGAGCCGCGCUGCUCCGUAGCGGUAGUCGAGCUGCCCCCGCGGCCCGCGCCCCCGGCCGCCGCGCUAGGCUGCUUCCUCUUCAACUGCACGGCGCGCGGCCGCAGCGUCUGCAAGUUCGCUCCCCACCGCGGUUACCGCAGCUACCGUCUCCGCCGGACGCCGGACGCCGAGCAGGGCGGCCUCGGACCCGGAGCCCUGGUCCGGGCCACCUCGGGGGCCUCGCCAGAGCUGGACCAAGAUGCACCUCCACUUAGCAAGGCUGGACAGGAUGUGGUUUUGCAUCUGCCCACAGAUGAAGUGAUUCUAGAUGGCCGCGAAAGCUCAGAUGACCAUGCCAUUGUCCAGUAUGAGUGGACUUUGCUACAAGGCGACCCAUCAGUGAACAUGAAGGUACAAAAUGGGCUGACUUCAGAGGUUGCUGGAAGCAGAGGAAGAGGGUUUUCAGCCUCCCAUAGCAAAGCACUGAAGGUGCCUCACCCAGGAACCCUGAAGCUGUCCCACCUACAGGAAGGAAUGUACACCUUGCAGCUGACCGUGACUGACACUGUGGGUCAGAGAAGCUCAGACAAUGUGUCGGUGACAGUGCAUCCCAGGACCUCCUCGCCACCAGGAGGAUGCUUGAACAUUUGCUUGCGCUACCACUUCUUCUGUGAUGACGGCUGCUGCAUUGACAUCACCCUGACAUGUGACGGAGUGCGGCAAUGUCCUGAUGGAUCUGACGAGGAUUUCUGUCAAAAUUUGGGCCUUGACCGAAAGCUGGUGACUCACACAGCAGUGAAUCCUGCCCUGCCAGGCACCACAGGGCUAAUCGCAAAUGCUGGGGAGGACUCACAGUUGGAAAAGUCCCAGAAACCCACACCACCCAACCUGCCAGCUACCUUAUCAAGCACAGAGAAGAAUCACUCUGCCUUGGGGGAACCAGAGAGUCAAAUCAGUCCUGUGAUGCCAGAUACCAGUUCCCUGGGGAAGAACAGAAAUGAGGAAAAUUUUAUUUUUGAGUCCAAGAGCCAUCGAAGAAGGGGGGAACACCCAGCUCCUGAAGCAGGUGCGGUGCUGCCCCUGGCUUUGGGUUUGGCCAUCACUGCUUUGCUGCUUCUCAUGGUUGCUUGCCGACUACGACUGGUGAAACAGAAACUUAAGAAAGCCCGUCCCAUUACAUCUGAGGAAUCUGACUACCUCAUAAAUGGGAUGUAUCUGUAGUAAAUAUAACUUAAACAGCUUGGGCAAGGACAUGUUUUGCUUAUAAUUUAUUCUUUAUAUUAAGUUCUGGUGUUUACAACCUCUUAUUUUUAAUUAGGCUAGAAGAUUCUUCAAAUUGCAAACCUUUGUCUUUAUUUAUUGUAGAUUUUCCUUAGGGAGUAUGUGAAAUACCUUGAAAUGUAGGGAGGAAUUCAUGUGAUUAAAGAUGUCUACCAACCUGAUUCUGAUUUACUAACCUGUCCCUGGAAACAAAAAUUUGUAGUUAGCUGAGAGUAAAAAGAAAAGGUAUGUCAAGAUGUGGCCUUGGGAUAGUGGUGCUCACCCUUCUUUUUUGAGAAGCCAACACUGGCCCUUGGCAGUGCUGGGCCACAUUAAGCCAGCUUCCCCUCAUUUUGUGGCCCUGUUUUCCUUUAAUCUUGAAUGUUCUUUUUCUUUUCCCCUCCAAAACCUGUUUUUGACAGUGGAUCUCAAGUGAGUUUACCUUUUCAGAUGUCAUGUAUGGCAGGUGUGUGUAAAUUAUAAGCCUUCUCAACAGGUCACUGAUGCCUCACGGGACAGGAAUGUAGGUUCUUUCCAGUGCUUCUGAUAUCACAGCAUGUAGUUGGCUGCCUCCUUAAGCUGAUCUUUGGAGAAAAUAAAAAACAGAUUUUGGAUUAGGAACAGCUCUAAGACAGUUAUAAAGUAAGAUCAGAAGCAGAGAAUAUGGUGGGCCAAAAAUUUUAACAGAAACUUAGCUGAGGGCAAAGUAAGGACAUUUAAUACUCAGCUAUAGCUGGUCAACACUGCACCAUGGUCCAUAGCAAGCAAUUCAUUUAUGUAGUCAUCAGUUUUCAACAUUAUUCUUUGUUAAUGAAAAAGAAAAAUGUAAAUUCUAAACCAGAACAUCAAGUAGAUUUUUGCAUACAGCUUUUAUUAAAAAUGUACCAUGAAGUACCAGCAGAUCCAAUGGAAUGUCAGGUUUUUUCUAAUACUUUUUAAUGCUAUAAAAUGUUUUAACAGCAAUGCACAUUAGCACAUACCUGUAAUCCCAAUACUGUGGGAGGCUAAGGCAGGAGGAUCCCAACUUUGAGUCUCACCUAGGCAACUUAGACACUGCCUCAAAAUAAAAAAUAAAAAGGUCCAGGGAUGUAGCUCAGUGGGAAGACUCUGACUUCAAUACCUAGUAUUCACUCCACAAAAAAUGUUUUAAUGUACAAUCAUUUAAUGCCAGGCUUAUGUAUUUCCAGAGCAGGGAACAGUUUUCAUCCUUACAGAUUCAUCCUUACCGAAAUCUGACAGCUAGCUUAACAUCUUUCCCCUUUUAAAUUUGUAGCCAUUUAAAGCCAAAUUAUUCUCAUCAUAGCUUAAAGUCAGUGUGUAUACAUUCUAGAAAUUAUUCUAAGAGGAAUGUAUAGUGCGGUGCCUGUCUACCUUAAAUGAUGUUCCUAUUUAUACUUUUUCUUUUUAUCAUAAAUGGCACAUUUUUUAAAAACACUUGAAAAACACUCUACUUAAAACUAAGUAGGUGGUUAAUUUGGGUGGUGGGAUAUAACAUAUCAACAUUAACAAGUGGAAAGUUCUAGAAAAACAAAGAAAUUGAGCAUCAUUUUUUCCUGUGAAAUUCCAAUUGAGCAAUGAUUUAAAUUUCUUGAGGGCAGUUUAUGAGAUGGGUAUGAAUGAAUUUAAGAUGUCUGUACUCUCUAUGUGAUACUGUGCAGUUUGUUUUUAUAUAGAAGGAUAUCAUCUAUAGCCAUACCCAAUAAAAUAAAAACUGAUAAGGCAUGCAUCUUUAGCAUAUCUUUUAUACAUGAGGAAAUUAAAUAGAACUUAGUAUGCUAUGGUGUUGAAAUACUUGGGAAGAGUUGACCCAUGUGUAUGUAUGCAACAUUCCUUUAAUAAAUUGUAUUUUAUUCUUAAGCCUAUAAAAAUAUUUUACUAUAAACCUGUAAGUUAUUGAUAUUGA